AAACAGUUUAAUUCUUCUAUUCGAACAGAACGCAUAAGUGACGGUGUCACAGCGUAUUUACAAAAGUGAAAUUAUCUUUUUUUGAAAUGAAAAUUAUCUCGUUUUAGAGAAUAAUUAAUUAAAAUAACUCGAAUUUUAAUAUCACCAAAAUAAAGAAAACAAAAAAGCAAACCAAAACAGUAAAGACGUAAACGCGUGUGUUUCAUUUCAUACAUAUACAAAGAAAUUUGAAUUACAACUUGAAUUAUUAUGAAGUUUAAGUGAAGCGUUCAAGAAAUCUUAAAUAAACAAACGACUUUUUAAUAAAAAAAAAAGAAAAAAUAAAUUGAAAAUAACAAGUGUUUUUGUGAUUGUAACGGUUUAAAGACUCUGCCAAAAUGUUUGAUGUUUUUGGCUCCGUUAAGGGGCUGUUGAAAAUCGAUCAAGUCUGUAUCGAUAACAAUGUCUUUCGCAUGCAUUACAAAGCGACGGUUAUCAUUUUGAUAGCCUUCUCGCUGUUGGUCACCUCCAGACAGUACAUUGGUGAUCCCAUCGAUUGCAUAGUUGACGAAAUCCCCCUGGGUGUUAUGGACACCUACUGUUGGAUUUACUCAACAUUUACGGUGCCUGAACGUUUAACAGGCAUUACUGGUCGCGAUGUUGUGCAGCCGGGCGUAGGAUCUCACGUGGAAGGCGAAGAUGAAGUUAAAUAUCACAAAUACUAUCAGUGGGUGUGCUUUGUGCUGUUCUUCCAGGCCAUAUUGUUCUAUGUACCACGCUAUUUGUGGAAGUCAUGGGAAGGUGGCCGCUUGAAAAUGUUGGUCAUGGACCUAAACAGCCCCAUUGUGAAUGAAGACUGUAAGAACGAUCGCAAGAAAAUCUUGGUGCAAUACUUUGUGGACAACAUCAAUCGUCACAACUUCUAUGCCUUCCGCUUCUUCCUGUGCGAAGCCCUAAAUUUCAUCAAUGUCAUUGGUCAAAUCUAUUUCGUCGAUUUCUUUUUGGAUGGUGAAUUCUCCACCUAUGGCAGUGAUGUCUUGAAAUUCACAGAAAUGGAACCGGAUGAGCGUAUUGACCCAAUGGCUCGUGUCUUUCCCAAAGUCACCAAAUGUACAUUCCACAAAUAUGGUCCUUCUGGCUCGGUGCAGAAGUUCGAUGGUCUCUGUGUGCUGCCUCUGAAUAUUGUCAACGAGAAAAUCUAUGUCUUCCUGUGGUUCUGGUUCAUCAUCUUGUCUAUAUUGUCUGGCAUUUCGUUGGUCUAUCGUAUUGCUGUUGUCAUGGGUCCCAAAUUGAGACAUUUGCUGUUGCGCGCCCGUUCCCGUUUGGCCGAAGUCGAAGAGGUGGAAGCGGUGGCUAAGCAGUGUAAUAUUGGCGAUUGGUUCUUAUUGUAUCAAUUGGGCAAAAAUAUUGAUCCCUUAAUUUAUAAGGAAGUGAUAGCUGAUCUCUCCCAAGAACUAGGUGGUAAUACAGGUCAUAAACAACGCAUGGAUCCCUAAGUAAUGAAUGAA